CUUAUAAAUUAUGCCCAUCAUAAAAUUAAUCUGAUGCGUCUCAUCGAUAUUCAUAGGUUACUGCCAUAACUUCCAUUUUCAUAUGAAAUCAAUCCAUAUAUAAAUAGAAAGAAAGAAUUAGGGGUGAUUCAUGAACUUGUAAUCUGUAUCAUCCAGAGACAACGACCUCGUCGGUCAUUCCUUUGUGUGCUAACUACGAAGCUCUGCAAUUUCAACACCGACACAGAUUAGGGUUUCGAUCGAUCCAAACGCACAUACAAAUUAGGUUUUCAUCGUUGUCUAUGCCUUCAAUUGGCAAGUUCUUGUUUUUCUAGCAUGACCAGAAAUGGUGAACGAUCAAGACCAUAAUUACCAUCCAGUUCAAGGUAUUCCCGACAUAACCAAUAUCCAUCCUCAACACAAAAUAUCAUUAUCAUCAUCGUCGUUCAUUCAAAACAAAUGCCAUGGGUUAUGGUACACUGCAACUCUGUCUAUCCCGGCGCUAUUGUUUGUACUAUAUUUAGGGUUUCAUCUCAAGAAGAACAUCAAGAAGCUUAGUCAUCGUCGGUCACAUGUUAUGAUCGCUUAUUAUAUCCUCCUCUGGUUCUCCGCUGUCCUCAAUCUUGCUUGGUGCUCUCUUCAGGUAUGGCAGUGCAUGCCUGGGAAGAAGGUUUCUUGGAAUAUGUUGUCAUUGCUCACAGCCUUGGGAACACUAUGUUUAGAGAUUAGCUUGGUGGCCUUCUUACUCCAAGAAAGUUAUGCAAGUGGGUUGGAAGCAUUAGCUCAUACAUUCAUGAUUUCAGGGCUUAUUGUUGGAGCAGAUAUAAUUCUCAAGGCAAUUUUUGUGUUUGGAUUCCAUGUCCCGCUUUUCAUGGAUGGUGAAACCACCCAUCAAGGGAAGUGGCGCUUGUGGACGGUUGAUGAACUAUUGUUGACAUGCACCUAUGGCUAUAUUCUUUGUGUGCAUUACUCAAAGUGGAGAGAUAAGCUACCUCCUAGACCAGCGUUUUACAAUUAUGUUGUUGUCAUGUUUGCGAUCACUGGAGUUGCAUUAUUUGGUUGUGGGCUUGCUGCAGUCGGCGUGGGAUUUGGGCUUUGGCCAUAUAGUAUCGUCGUGAUCUGCUACCACACUCUUUACCUUCCCUUUGUGUAUGUAACUUUCCUCAAAGAUUUCUUCCAGGAGGAAGACUUGCUUUUGGAUAAUGCUUACUACUCUGAGAUGAAAGAUGCCGGGUUCUUCGAUUCUGACUGGGAAUAAGGUUUGUCGUGUUCACCUGACAAACGAUAAGUGAUCGUUGUCUCUCAACUUUGUAGAUAAAUUAUGGGACACAUCACAUGUAAAGUAAUUGUACUUUUAUGAACCUGUAGUUUGACUUGGAUAAAGCACACUUAAGAGCCUGUAACACGUAUAGCUUUCUGACUUAUUUGGGAUCGAGUUUGCUAUCA